GAAAGCCCUGAUCUGGCCGGCCAGAAGGCUGCAGGCGAUUGACCCCUCCUGCCCACCGGGGCCACCUGACAGAUACCCCUUAUUAGAGGCCAGACACGGGGAAGCUGGUUUGCUGUGUUCUCUCAAAAUGGCCUUGGUCAAGUCCCUAAGGCCUCUUCCAAUGGAGAAUUCUGGGAUUCUAAGGAAAAGUUGCACACCUCAGUUUCUUCAAGUUAAAUGGGUCUGGGAAAGGACUCUGGCCAUGGAGAGUGACCCCUUCCCCAUUUGUCUCUGUUGCAGCAGCAGUAACUAUGACCUGGACUACAAGCUGUACAGGGAAGAUGUCCCCUACCGUAGUGUGUAUGAAUGCCAAAGAAUCCCUCCACUCAUUAACCGAGUGCCUGUCAAGAUCCGGAGGACCCAGGUGGGCAUGGGGAUCAAGAGCAGCUGCAGUCCCCACAAGGGCCCCAGGAAGAGCCACCUGCCCCAAGAGCAAAUAAAGCUCCAGACCGAGGAGCUGCACUCCAUCAGGGGGGAGCUAAGCCAGAUCAAAGCCCAGGUGGACCGUCUGUUGGAGACUCUGGAGCGCAUGGACAAGCAGAGGGACCAGCUUCUGGGUCAAGCACCUCCAACUGGGGGCCCAGCCUGCACUCCAAGGUCAGAGGCCAGUGAAGAAAACAGGGCCCUGGUGAGUAAGAGAUCCUCAUGCAGAAACACUGAAGCCAAGCAGGAGCCCAGGGGCCAGAGGCCCCAUCCAGAAGCAGACAGCCCCGAGGACAGCACAGACCCAGAGGAGGCAGUGAGUGGCCCGGCACCUCCCCUCAUCCUCACCCUCCCUGCGUUUGAGUCCUUGUGGCCUCCCUGUGAACAAGGGAGAGACUCGGGUUUGUGCGGGAGCCCACAGUGGUGGUUGAGGGGAGACACAGGACUUCUACCGCAGGCAAGCCCCAGAACGUGGGCCCUGCACUGCGUUGUCUCCCACUCUCAACUCGGGCUUGAUGAGCUCAGCUGGACUAGGGGCCACAGCCAGGCAGCUGGGCCAGUUCUGGGCUGAAAUACCAUCUUCUCCAGGAAGCCGGGAGGCGGGCUUUGAGCACCACAGACAUCACAGCUGUGCCUCAUGGCCCCACAUCCCUUGCCUGAGUACCACCUGGCAAGCUUGUUAAAACCGAUUUCUGCCUUUUCCCUGCCCCCACAUCUUAUAUUGUACCGUGCUCCCCCGGGAAGCUGUGGCACAUGGACCUUCCCGGAUGGAGAACAUCCAACCUGAGUCUGAUAAGAGCCCUUCGUGCAACAUCAAAGGGCCCAAAUGUUCCCUGACCUACCAUAUCCUCCUCCCUUAUUGGUAGUCCCUGAGAUAGGUCGAGCCCCGGGUUUGUUUGGGCCAUCUCAACAGGGCC